CUUAAAUCUGACUUACAGUCGCACGUUUGGCAGGGGUUCUCUCAUCUCCGUAUCAAGGCCAGCGCAGACACACACAGACAUGGAGGAAGACCACCAACUGUGCGAGGCGGCGAAGAGCGGUGACAUCAACAAGGUCAAGACUCUAAUACACUCCGGAGCUGACGUUUCAUACUUCGACGCCGAGGGACUCACUCCGCUCAUGCACGCUUCCAAGCACGGCCAUGCCCUUGUCGUCAAGACCCUGCUCGAAGCUGGAGCCCCCUGGAACGCCCUCUCUCCUUCCAACCUCUCUGCCGGAGAUUUUGCUAUGGACGCUGGUUACCAGGAGGCUUUCGAUAUCCUCCUUAAUGCCGGGAUUCAAACUGAGUUGGUACUUGGAAACAUUGCGAGGAAAGAAAAUAAAAUUGGAGAUUGUAAUGGGGAUUAUUUGGAUGAUAGGGUUAGUUUCAGUGAGGAUAAGCUGAUGGACUCCAACAGCAAGGCAAUCAUGAUGGCAUGGGAAAAACCAUUGAUGGAGGCUCAUGCUAAAGCUGUUUGCUCAGGUGGUGGUCAUAUAUUGAACAUUGGAUUUGGAAUGGGUCUUGUGGAUACGGCCAUUCAGCAAUAUGCACCUGUUACGCACACCAUUGUUGAGGCUCACCCAGAGGUUUAUGAACGUAUGCUUUCUACUGGUUGGGGUGAGAAAGAUAAUGUAAAGAUAAUAUUUGGCCGUUGGCAAGAUAUUCUACCGCAGCUUGGUUCUUAUGACGGAAUUUUCUUUGACACAUAUGGAGAGUAUUAUGAAGACCUGAGAGAGUUCCAUCAACAUCUUCCUUUACUGUUGAAGCCUGCGGGAAUCUACUCAUUCUUCAAUGGACUUUGUGGUGGUAAUGCAUUUUUCCAUGUUGUGUACUGUAACUUAGUUUCUCUGGAACUUGAGAAUAUAGGAUACUCAACACAGUUAAUUCCCUUGCCCGUUAAGGACUGUUUGGGUGAAGAGGUCUGGGAAGGUGUGAAACACAAAUAUUGGCAGCUAGAUACAUAUUAUCUCCCUGUCUGUCAGUCUAUACAGCAUUCAGAGUGAUAUUUGAAUUGCAGUAUUUUUGUUUUAUCACCUUUCUUUUUGUGUCUUUAAAGUACUUUUAAUCAAUUGGUACCUUAUAUAUGCCCAUUCAUUGGUGUACCAAUUUUUGAAUGCUAUUCUAUGAAAAUUCUUUUUCCUUCUUCCA